CGGGGAAGGGGGGGGGGGUCUCGCAGUUCGCGCUGUCUCCGCCGCAGCCGCCGCGCCCCUCACCGAUGUCCCAGGCCAGCGCCCACCGGCAGAGCCGCCCGGAGCCCCGCCGAGCCGAGCCGGGACCGCAGCCAGAGGCGGGUGAGACCUCGCACCCAUCACCAAGGCAGACACCUGCGACACCAGCGACAGAGCCCCGGCCGCCCGCCCGGCCUGUGGCAUCCAAGAAGGAGAAGCCCCUGGAAGAUGAUGAAUCCGGAAAAGUCCUAACAAAGGGUCCCCGGGCCGAGCUCAAAGGCGCUCCCGAAGCUGUGACAUGCCAGCCCCAGGUACGAGCAGCCCCGCAGCCCCCCAGCACCCACCUGCUGCAGAACGGUGCAGGGAAGGGGCCGGAUCCAGGUGGUGCCAACGGGGAGACCGGGAACGGGAUCUUCCGUCCCCUGCCCAGCACCCAGAAGCCUCACCGAAAGCUGCAGACGCACCACUCCAUCAACAGCCAGAGCAGCAAGAAGAGCAAGGGCAGCUCCAAGUCUGCCUCUUCUCACAUCCCUAUUGAGGCACAAGAAGACUGCUGCGUCCACUGCAUCCUCUCCUGCCUCUUCUGCGAGUUCCUGACCCUGUGCAACAUCGUGCUGGACUGUGCCACGUGCGGCUCCUGCACCUCCGAGGACUCCUGCAUCUGCUGCUGCUGCUGCAACUCGGGCGAGUGCGCCGACUGCGACCUGCCCUGCGACAUGGACUGCGGCAUCAUCGACGCCUGCUGCGAGUCUGCCGACUGCCUGGAGAUCUGCAUGGAGUGCUGCGGGCUCUGCUUCUCCUCCUGAGGCGCUGCACAGGCCGAGGGCGGGGGGGGACCAGGAGCUGAUCCCUCCCCAGGCUCUCCUUUAGCGGCCAAGGAGGGUCCCAUCGGCUCCCUGCGCCGGUGUGAACUGCUGAGUGAUGGAGGAGAGCGGUACCCCCAUUGCAAACCUCAUCCUGGGAGCUGGUGAGCCGGGCUCGGGUCCUGCCUAGGGAAGGGUGAAUCCAUAGGGCCAUGGGGGCUCUGGAGAUGGGCCGGUGUCCCAUCACGCUCUACCUCUUCCCUGCACUGGGCUGGUUCAUGAGGAUCAAUGGAGCCUCCUGCCACCUGAGCCAAGACAGGAGCAUACACCCCACAGAGCCCCCCCGGCACUGGGGACAGUGUGUCCUGCUGCCACCACCCCAGGACAGUGCUCUGGGUGUGUUACAUGGGGCAGCACGGAGCAUCCUCCCCAUAGGGACACCUCCAGGCCAGAGAGCCUUGCUCCCCACCAGGCACCGGGAGAUGCUGAAUGCCUGCGGCCAGGCUGUGGACCUGGUGCCAUUGAACGCAUCCUGCCAGCCCCUGCCCCUCCUUGGUGCCGAGAUUGCAGCCAAGUGCAAUAUGCUCCAUCUGCUCCCCAUCAACAGCAGCUUCCCCUUUGCUGGUCCCUGCAGCAGGGGGCUUGGGGAGAUCCUGGAGCCGUGCCGAGAUGCUGCUGUGUCUGGGGGGGGGGGGUAGGACAAGGGGGUUUGGUUGGUGCCGAGUGACCCCCAGCACUUGCUGGUUGCAUCUGGACAGCCAGGGGCCAGGGCUGGUGGCUGGAAGGGGAUGGGAAAGGCCCCGUUGAAGGGCUGGGGAGAAGGGGAGGGAAGUGUCACGGUGUUUUAUUUCAUCCCUUUUGUUUGUUACUGUAAAUAAAGGUCUGUCUUCAUUUCUG